UCAGAAAGCCCCAUUCAGGAUAGGGGAGAAAUUUGUUCCUCUGUAGCAGCAGCCAGCCAGAAUUUCAAUAAAUUAUUGUAUCUGCAAAGAGGAGAAGUGACUGAUACUUCAAUAUUAUUAAGUGCCAGGUUAGCAUUUGUGGAUCUCUCUCCUUGAGAAAUGCAGGAAGGAGGCAAAACCGUGGUGUUGGAUGCUAGAGCUAAACCUAGUUAUGCAAUGACUUUGGGAGAACUGCCUGAAAAGGAUUGGUACAGCAUUCUGGGUACAGCACCAUCAGAUAGUUUAACGGAAUUGAAAAAGAAGUAUCAAAGCCUAGUAUUACUGUAUCAUCCAGACAAGCAGAGCACAGAUGUGCCAUCAGGAGAAGUGGAGGCACGGAUGCAGAGAUUCAUCAAAAUUGAUCGAGCAUGGAAAAUUCUAGGGAAUGAAGAGACAAAAAAAGUGUAUGCCCUGCAGCAGUGUGACCGUGAAUUAACACAAGGGUGGCUAGUGGAUGCUCAGGUUUUAACUGAAGAUAUGAACUGGAAUCAAAGUAAGACAUUAUGA